CUUCAAGUCUCUCUCUCAGGUUUUAAAGCCCCUCAGACACCCUCAUCGUCGCCUUCUCGCGGCUUCGAAACCCCCACCCUAAAACCCUAAAGCUCGACCGCUCGAAUCCCUGAAGGAGGAGGAGAAGAAUGGCGAAGCGACUAGUGCCGCUGCUGAACCGCGUGCUGGUGGAGAAGAUCGUCCCUCCUACCAAGACCACCGCCGGCAUCCUGCUUCCCGAGAAAUCCUCCAAGCUGAACUCCGGGAAGGUGGUGGCCGUGGGGCCGGGGGCGAGAGACGCGCACGGGAACGCGAUCCCGGUCUCGGUCAAGGAAGGGGACACGGUGCUCCUGCCGGAGUACGGAGGGACGCAGGUGAAGCUCGGGGAGAAGGAGUACCACCUGUUCAGGGAUGAAGACAUCUUGGGGACACUGCACGAUUGAUCCCGGUCCGUGUACGGUCGUGGUCGAUUGAUUUCAGUCGUAUUGUUGUCGGGAUUUUGUUGGUCGGGCGGAUUUUUCGCUCGAUGUCGAACGACGUUGUCGAGCUCGAAAGUGCGAGUCAAUGAGAUCAAUUUGUAUCCCGUGCGAUUCCUCCUAUGUUUAAUGCUUUGUGCGAUGCUAGAACGUAGAGUUCCAAUUAGUCAAUGAGAUCAAUUUGUAUCC